CUCACCCUCUAUCUCGGCAGAGCCGCAAACCGCCACGACCACACGCCCACGACCCCUCGUAGCCGGACGAGACCCCGAGAAACCCGUUCCACAUCCCAAGUUCGACUACCCGACGGUCAAUUGCCCACCAUGGUGCACCGCAUCGCCUUCUGGAGCACCUUCGGCCUCGCCGUGCGCUUCUGGCAGGUCGGCAUCGAGAUGCGACCCUUCUUCAACAAGUCCUCCCUCUGGGCCUACCCCGUGUACGCCCUCGGCGGCGCCAGCUUCGGAUACUGGCUCCAGGGCGUCGAUGACCGGCAGACCGAGACCCUGAGCGAGCGCAAGGCCAUCCUCCUCGAGAAGCGGGCGCGCAAGGCCCAGCGGGACGCGGAGCAGGCGGAGGCUUGA